AUGGAGAACUAUGAGAACCUCGGCACGAUCGGCGAAGGCACGUACGGCGUUGUGCUCAAGUGUCGGCACAAGGAGACGGGCCAAAUCGUCGCCAUCAAAAAGUUUAAAGAGUCGGAUGAAGACGAACAAGUCCGCAAGACCGCGAUGCGUGAGAUUCGCAUUCUCAAGCAACUCAAGCACGAGAACAUUGUCAACCUCAUCGAGGUCUUUCGGCGAAAAGGAAAACUCUACCUCGUAUUUGAGUACGUGGAGAAGACGAUCUUGGAAGAGAUCGAGAAGAACCCCGAGGGCCUCGAGCCACAUGCGAUCCGAAGCCUCAUGUGGCAGCUCAUUCGCGCGAUUCACUACUGCCACGAGCACAACAUCAUCCACCGCGACAUCAAGCCCGAGAACCUCCUCGUCUCCAAAAAUGGCGUCUUGAAGCUCUGCGACUUUGGCUUCGCGCGCACAUUGGCCGCGGCCGGGGCCAAAUAUACCGACUACGUCUCGACGCGGUGGUAUCGUGCACCAGAGCUGCUCGUCGGCGACGUCUCGUAUGGAAAAGCUGUCGACAUUUGGGCCGUCGGCUGCAUGCUCGCCGAGAUCACGACGGGGUUGCCGCUUUUUCCUGGCGACUCGGACAUUGAUCAAUUGUACCAUAUAAUGAAGUGCCUCGGGCGCAUCACGUCCCGGCAGCAAGAGUUGUUUCGGAAAAACUCGCUCUAUGUCGGCGUCAAGUUGCCCGAAGUCACGUCGGUCGAGACGCUCGAAGACCGGUUUCCGCAGCUCGACAAGGUCGCAAUCGACUUUUUGCACCAAACCGUCCAAGACGAACCAUUGGAUCGAUGGACGUGCUCGGAGCUGCUCGAGCAUCCGUUUGUCGCCGAAGGCGCCGAGCUCUUUGAGCAACAGCUCAAGAUCAAUAUCGCCAAAGACAUGGCCGACAACAUGAUCAAGCCCAAGCGCGUAUGCGUCUCGUAG